AUGAGAAGCCAGUCAAAUGUUGUUAAUAUCGAUCAACAAGAACGUCCAAUUAGAGAUACCAAUUCAAGCACAUCUGAAGAUUCAGAAGAAAGUUUGCCUGAUUCAUUUGAAGAAGCCAGAGCUCCAUUAACAAGGCGACCCCAAUCCGUUCAAGAAGACGAAAUUCUCAAUGAUGCCAACGAAGAAAACGAUGAAAAUGUUCGCGAUGACCAGCCUUUUACAAAAGAAUUGACAAAAAGCAAGCGGAAAAUUCCUAAAGAACGACGAAAGACUGGGUAUGCCUUCCUUCUACUUGUUUUUGCUGGAUUUUUAAAUGAUUUUGUUCUUUCCUAUAUUCACGAACUAAUUCCUGAAUCGCCUCCACUUCCUGAUUUUGCAUUUUCAAUUUUGCCUUAUUGGCCUUGGGCAUUGAUUGUCUCUGAAGUUUUGAUGAUUUCUUCCUUUUCUGCAAUGCUCACAGUUGCAAUUCUUCAUAAAUAUAGAUGGGCAGUUCUUCGCCGAAUCUUCACAAUUGGAUUUUUACUUUACCUUGGUCGCUGUGCUACUAUGGCAAUUGCUGAUCCCAAUUAUUAUUGCUCUCCCAAAUUGAAACCUGAAGAAAGAACUUUUUGGAAUAUUUUGGUUCGAGCAUUAUCCGUCUUAAUUGGACUUGGGCUUAAAAUAAAUGGAAGACAUACACUUUGUGGUGAUUAUAUUUAUAGUGGCCAUACUAUUGUACAUGUUUUGUGUUAUCUUUUUAUUAAAGAAUACAGUCCUCGUCGUUGGCUUCCUCUCCAUAUUUUGGCAUUUGCUUUUUCUAUUGUUGGUGUUUUAUCAUUGCUUUUUUCGCGAGGACAUUAUAGUAUUGAUGUAAUAAUCGCUUAUUGGAUUACUACGCGUAUUUUUUGGUUUUAUCAUACACUUGCUGAUUUUGACGAGCUUCGACACAGCUUUAAUGGCAGAAAUCGUUUUGUAAAUGUUAUUUGGUACCCUUUGUUUAAUUUUAUGGAACAAUCUGUGCAUAGACCGAUACCUAGAAAAUAUGAAUUGCCUUUUAAACUCCCUGCUGGUUUAAUACGUUAUUGGCAACAAAGACGUGGACGUUCAAAUUCGGCAGGAUAUUUAAUUGUUUGA